UCUGGUUUAGUUCAAAAUCAAGUUGUAAGCUGUAAGCAUCUAAACGCCAAAUAAAAAAGCAUUGUUGGAGCGUCGCGCGUAGCGAUUUUUUCUUUUGUUAAAAAAUAAGAGUAAAAAAUAACGGCGAAAACUUUUUUGUUGUUUUUAUUCAAUUAAAAAUAAGAAGUGAAAUUUUGUAUUUACUGUGAAUAUUGUGUAUACUUAUGUACAUUUGUAUAUGUAAUUAAUAUUUGAAAGGAGUUGAGAAAUUUUUUUUCAGUAGAGUGAAAUCUUCUGCACACAAAAAAGAAAAGUUUUUAUUUUAUUUUUUAUUUAAAUUUCAAUUUUAAAAAGUGAUAAACAUUUUAAUAACAAAGAAAAAAGGGGAUUAAUAUAUACCGUUAAUUUGUGGUGAAAGGAGGCCAACAAAAUUGCAUUCAACAAAAGCAGUGAUAACAGAAUAGCUAUCAUUAUAUAUUGAAACUAAAAAUAAAGAACAUGGCGAAAGAUUAUUCUUUUUCCGUUAUUGCUUGUGGUUUACUUUUAUUAGCAGCAACAACUGUAGAUGCACAAUAUUUCGAUGACGCAGAUUUUUCAAUUGAAUCAAGAAAUGUUGAUGGUAGCCUAGGAAAUAGUGGUAAUAUUGAUGAACCAACAAUUGCAGUGGCUACUGUAACAAAUGAUAACGCAAAACCAGAAGGUACAUCAUCUGAAGAAGAUCGUGAACCAUUUGAAGUUGAUGUUAUAACAUCCGAUGUUCCUCAUAAACCAGAUUCAAAUUUCUUCUUCCAUCAUACAAUACCUAUUUUUGAAAGUCAUCCAUUCUUUUCGAACUUUGCUGGAUUCGCUGGUUUUGGUGAUAAACGAAGAGAGCCAUGGUGGAAAGGACCAAAUGUUUGUACUGAUCGUGCCGAAGAGGAACAAAACAAUGACGCUGAAACUAAUACCAGUAAAAAAGACGAUAGCGAUGAAGAAUCAGUUUCACUUGAUGUAACUCGCCAAUUAUUUGGUGCAUUCCAAUUUAGUUUCAAUUCAUGUGUUGAAAAACCGCAUAAGCAUGUCUGCAAACAAGUAUAUAAUAAAAAUGGAAAGAAGAAGACAGUAACAAUUAGCAGACAAUGUUGUCACGGUUAUGGACGUCCUAGAAAUGCUGAUUUAACAACACCAUGUGAAAAAAUUGAUCUUAAACCAUUAAUGGAAACAGCUGAAGAAAUGGGUGCAAAAGAAUUCAUUAGAAGUGCUAAAAACAAUGGUUUAGAUGAAAAAUUAUCAUCAAAUGUAACAUUAUUUUUACCAACCGAUUCUGCUUUCACAGAGUUCUCUGAACAAAUGUUUGAAAAUAAUUUAGUUGUGUUACCAAUGACACGUGCACGUCGCGCUGUAGCAAGUGAUCCUGCAACCGGUUUUACAUCAAAAGAUUUGGCAUUGAAUCAUAUGGUAGAUGGCUGGGUAGAUAUGAAUGAUGUUCAUAAUGAAGAUAUUCUUCAAACAAAUUAUGAGAAUGCCACAAUACGUAUUAAUAUUUUCCCAAAACCACCUAGUAGCCGCGUAGAAUCAAGAUUCCGUUACACUGCUAACUGUGCUCCAAUCGUUAAAGCAAAUAAAUAUACAUCAAAUGGAAUGGUACAUGUUGUUGAUCGUGUUUUACCACCAGUUAAUAUGAACUUGAUGGAUAUUAUUAAACAACGCGAUGAUAUGACAAUAUUACGUUCAAUAUUAGAAAAAUCUAAUAUGAACAAAUUGUUGGAAGGUGAUAAACCAUUGACUGUUUUUGCGCCAACUGAUAAAGCAUUCCAAAAAUUAGAUCAACAUUUGAGACGUACAUUGAAAGAAGGAAAAGGAUGUGCUAAAAAUAUCUUAAAAAAUCAUAUAUUGGACUUGACAUUCUGUUCAGUUGCUGUUGUACCAGAUGCAAAAACAACUGCUUACAAUAUGCUCUCUGAACCAAUGAUAUUCGAACGUAUUAAUCCAAAAGAUGAAAAAACAGAUGUUGCUAGUGAAGUUGCAGAUUUAACUGGUAUACAAAAUAUUAUGGUAAACGGUCAAGCUAAAGUUAUUGAAAGUGAUAUUAUGGGUACUAAUGGUGUAUUACAUGUUGUUGAUACAAUAAUGCCAACAGAAUCUGCCUUACCCAUAACAUCUUUAAUGGAGAAAAAAAAUUUGACAAUAUUUGAACAAUUGGUUGAAGCAUCAAAUUUACAAAACGAAUUCGACGAUAUGAGUAACGUGACAUUCUUUGUACCAAAUGAUAAAGCUUUUGAAAAUAAUGUAUGGAAGCAGAAACUAGAAGAAGAUCCAAAUAGCUUAAAAGAUAAUGAAGAGUUGAAAGAAUUCUUAAAUUAUCAUGUUGUUGAACCUAUGACUAAGACUUGCAAUUUAGCUGAAAAAAUGGUUGAUACCAAAUCUGGAAAAAAAUUACGUGUUAACUUAUACUCAACUCAUGCGCUUUUCACGAACGUUAUGAAUCGUGCUACUGUUAAUUGUGCUAGAUUAAUGCAUUUUGAUGAUGAAAGUUGUGGUUCUGUAUUGCAUCAAGUUGAUAAAGUUUUGACACCACCUAAAAUGAAUCUCUUACAAGAAUUAGAGUCAAAUCCAAAUUACAGUAAAUUCUUAGGAUUGAUUAAAUCAGCUAAUUUAACUCAUCUUUUGGAAGACGAACAAUCAGAAUACACUUUAUUAGUUCCUAAAAAUGAUGUUUUAGAAGAAACGGAAGACUGGCUUAAAACAAAAUUAGAAAAACCAAAUGAACUAGAAGAUAUGGUAAAAAAUCAUAUUGUUAAUGAUGUUGUAUGCUGUGCUGGUAUUAUUCCAACAAAUUGGCCAUUUGUUCGAACAAUUGAAACAAUAAAUGGUGGACAUUUACGUAUUAGCCGUGAUCGUCGCCCAAAAAUUGAGGAUGCUGGUGUUACAAAAUGUGAUAUUAUUUCAACAAAUGGUAUUAUGCAUGAAAUAAAUGAUGUUAUUAUUGCAAGAAAACCACAACAAACGACAAUUGUUCGACCAAACCGAUUCCCAAGCUUAGAAAAUUUUGGUGACUUGAUAUUCUAAAAAAAAAAAAUAAACUAAUAUGUAUCGUACAGUUCACAUAAAGAAAAUUAAGUAAUUAUACUAAGAAAAUAAACUCAUUUAGAAUUUAAAUGAAAUUGUUUGACAAAAAAUGGAAAGCUGAAAAAUAAAGUAUAAAACAUUAAAAAGUUUGCAGGUACAUUAAGUAAAAAACAAAAACUUCAUGUUUUUUUUUAGUUAUUAAGGCGAGUGAUAAAUUAUUAUUAAAAAUUCAAGAAAAGAAUUACAAAAUUGAAAUAAAAUUUAAACUUUUUUAAUUACUA